AUGGCAAAACCAAGCGUGGCUCCCGAAGCGCCAGACGAGGUCCCUGAAGACGAUCUUAGUGCCCUGCGCAGCCGCGCAACGCGACCGUACGAGGCCGCCGUCGCCUCGAUCGUCGCCACUCGUCAUGAUCACCUCGCCGACCUGUGCAUCGCCAUGCGCGACAAGGACCACCCUGUCGAGUUCGAGGCGGGCCUGAGAGGGAGGAAGAGGAGGAAGGUCGCCCAGGCGGCUGGAGAGCCCGAGCCGGCGCUUCAAGGACUCGACGAGUUCCGUGCACGCUUCAAGGACCCCGUCAGCCUCGAGCAGCUCGACCUCGCCCUGCCGCCCAUGUCGCCCAGCCCGCCUCCCUCUUCAUCCGCGCCUGUACCGCCAUCGAGCUCGACCAUCGCCGCGCAGUCGCCAGCAAAAGCCGCUCGAGCCGACUCGGUCGUCAACGACUCGGAGGAGGACGCAGAGGGCGAGGAGGAGGACGAGGAAAUGGCCGUCGCCGAGUCGCUCGCGCCGCCCGGCGUCUCGGUCACGUCGACGAUGGGCACCGGCGCGCCGUCAAACGGCGGGCGACCGGCCGACCCGUCAGCGGCGGCGGCCGCAUCCGCCUCGACCUCGCGUCCUCAAAUAUCCUUGACGGCCCCGUCCACCACGUCCUCGACGACAGCUUCCCCUGCUCCCACCCUCCCUUCCGACCGCCCUCCUCAGCCGUCGACCAUCGCCCCCUCUCUCCUCACCGCGGCGUCGACGCCUCCCACCGGCACGAGCCCGCAACCGCCUGCGCCCGUCGCGCCGUGCGCGGCCGUCCCGCCGUACCAGUCGCUGUUCGGCAUUCACGAGGUGUCGUCCGACUACACGUCGGUCCUGCCGCCCGUCCCGCACGACAUCCUCCGCAACCGGCUCAACACGUCCCUCCUCCUUCGGUCCAACACGAAGAAGGCGGUCAAGUCGCUCGCGCCAGCCUCGUCGGCGGCGUACGUCCAGCCCGACCUCCACAAGCUCCACGUUCGGGCGCAGCACAUGGGAGCCAAGCACUUCCUCGGGCUGGGCAAGCGCGUCGUCAACUCGCUCCAGACGCGCGAGUGGGACGUCGGCAUCGACGAGGCGCGCUCGGUUCGCGCGUUCGAGCGCAUCGAGCAGCUCAAGAACGACAAGCAGUGGAGCUUUCGUCAGCCCAAGAAGCAGCGCACCGGCGUCGUCCCCAAGGCGCACUGGGACCACGUCCUCGACGAGAUGCGCUGGAUGCAGAUCGACUUCCGCCAGGAGGCGAGGUGGAAGGUCGUCUCGGCGUACAAGCUCGCUCGCGCCUGUCGAGCGUACCACCGCGCCUCGCCUGACGACCGCUCCUCUCUGCGCGUGCGCACGAGGCCGGCCCGAGCGCUGAGCGACGAGGAGCUCGCGGCGCGGCUCGAGGGUCGUGACCUCGAGGAGGACAAGGUGGACGAGGUGGACGAGACGCAGGAGGCGAUGGACGUCGACGUGUCUGGGGCGGAUCGGCAUGACGCAGGGGCGGAGAAGGACAAGGGCAAGGGCAAGGAGGUGGUCGAGGAGGACGCGGCCGCCGCGAGCGGCCCGAGCGCCGACGCCGCCGGCGAGGUCGACGAGUCGACCCCGGCUCCGUCCACUGCCGCGCCGACGGCGGCCGCCUCGGCCAACACGACGCCUGCUCCAGGCGCCGUCCCUGUCGCGAGCGCGCCGCAAGGGCGGGGCAAGGCGGGCGGCAGCACGGGCAACGAGUCGACGCCGGUCCCGCCUGCGGGCUCGGUCUCGCGGCAGCAGGCGGCGCACCUCGAGGCGCAGCGCGCGCACGCCCAGGCGCAGCACGUCCAGAAGCUCAUCUUCUUCCGCAACCCGAUCUUCGACGCCGGGAUCGAGGAGACGGUCGUCGACCCGCUCGUCCUCGCCGCCCUGCGCGACGCCAUCACGCCGCCCGUCGGAUCGUCCUCCUCGUCGUCGUCGACCGCGACCGCCGCACCGGCGUCGACCACGCCCGACGGCAAGCCCCUUCCCGCCGACGACCCUUUCCUCUCGUACACCUUCGCCGCCCUGUUUCCCGACCUCCCCAUGUACUCCGACUUUGUCGUCGCCAACGACCCGGCGCUCGACCGUCGCGUCGAGGAGUCGUCGGCGUGGUCGGGCCGCCUGACGCACGUCACGCGCCUGCUCGAGAGCAAGCCGCUCCUCGUCAGCACGCUCGAGCCCGGCCGGACCCGCACGACUCGCGGCUGGCGCCCGUCGACCGCCGCCGACAUCGAGGACGUCAAGGACCCGCUCGACGGCCGCGAGUCGAUCCCGCCGACGGCGUCGGCCCUGUUCGCGAGCCGCAAGCCCAAGGACGCGACGGUCGGCGAGGUCCUGACGCGCCCGGCCGAGGUCGUCCCGCAGCCCGACGUGCGCGCGACGUCGGUCCUGUGGCUGCCCGAGGAGGACGCGACACUCCUCGCGCUGCAGAAGCAGUUCGGGUUCAACUGGACGCUCGUGGCGCAGGUGUUCAACCAGACGACGCACCGCCCGUCGUCGGACCACCGCCUCGCGUGGGACAUGUACGACCGGUGGGACCGCCUCGUCGGGCCGGGCAGCAAGAAGACGCUCCCCGACGGCACCGAGAUCGUCAAGCCGCCGCCCGAGUGGAUCCCGCCGCUCGACAAGCUCACGGGCCGCCCGGCGCCCAUCAUCGGCGACGGCAGCAAGAAGAAGGCGCGCCACGUCGCCAUCCUCGACGCGAUGAAGAAGGUCCAGAAGAAGCGCGAGACGUGGGCGCAGAAGCAGCCAGGUCCCGGGUUCCCUCGCCGCAUCAACAUGAGCAUGCACGACUCGCACAACCUGCCGCCACGCCCGUCGUGGGACCCGAUGCAGUGGAGCAUGUACAAGGCCGAGCAGGAGCAGCAGAAGGCGCGCCUGCGGCAGCAGCAGGCCCAGCAGCAGGCCCAGCAGCAGCAGCAGCAACAGCAGCAGCAGCAGCAGGCGCAACAGCAAGCUCAACAGCAGCAGGCUCUCGCUCAGCAGAGCGGUCAGCGCUACCCUCAGCCCGGCACCUUCCCGACCGGCCCUGGCCAGCAGCCCUCGCCUCGUCCUCCCUCGGCCCUCCCGCCGCAGAUGGGCCCGGGCGGCGCGCACGCCUCGCCCAACGGCCUCUCGGCCCAGCUCCCCGGCUCGCCGACCGGCGUCCACCCGCUCGGCGGCACGUCACCGCUGCCGCUCGGCGGCCCGAACGGCGCCGCAGGAGGAGGAGCGGGCCCGCCCGUGCCGCCGCAGCAGCUCACGCCCGAGCAGCUCCAGAUGCUGCAACAGCGCCAGCGCGAGCUCCUCCAGGCGCAGGCCCAGGCCGUCGCUGCGCAGCGUGCCGCUCAGGCUCAGGCGCAUGCGCAGGCUCAGGCGCACGCGCACGCCCAGGCCAACGGCGGCGAGUGAGCGCUCGCUCGUCGGCGGCCCGUCCUCCCUCCCUUCCUUCUCUCUCUUCCCUCCUCGUCCGUGCCUUAGUCGUCCGUCGCAGUGUGGCGCGUGUAGCGAAAUAAAGCGAUCCCUUAUCUCU